AUGCCAUGGUUCUGGAUGGCCGACUACGUUGGACUAAUGGAAGAGUUCGCACGAGAAACGGGCGUCUCACGUGACGACACCCUAUUCGGUAGCCAAUCGGGUCCCGCAUUCCCAUCGCGCUAUCGACACAGAGAUAGCAGUCUGCAAGCCAAGGCAGUAGUCAGCGAAGUUGCCGGAAUACUCGAGGCAUCCCGGGAGCAUGCUCGGUUUGUUGCAGCGGCCGUGUUCACAGGCAUGCAAGGUGUCUGGAAGAUGACGCGCAAGAUUGAUUCACGUACCCAGACACCCGGUGGCACAUUCGUGGGUACAGCUCACUUCCAUCCGCGUCAAUCUACCGAUGCAGCGACCUACGCCUCCGAAUACUUGUAUAUCGAACAAGGGACAUUCACCAUGGACGCUGGGCUGUCAUUCCCUGCGACCCGUCGUUACGUCUAUCGGUACAACGAAACAAGCGAUGAGAUCACCGCAUGGUUUGUUGAAGACGACGAAAAAAGCGUCGGAAAGCUAUUCAAUACCUGGCGCUUCCACGCGCCUGAUGACCAGGCUGGCGGCUGGAUGGCUACGGGCUGCCAUUGGUGCGAUCCCGACACGUAUCAGAAUGACUGCGAAUUCAAGUUUUGUGGUGCAAAGAUCGAUCGGUUCAUGAUCAGAUACAAGGUGGACGGACCAAAGAAAGAUUAUCUGCAUGAGAGCUGGUAUGAGAGACCAAAGGUAGAUGGCGGAGCAAACGAAUGCGGAUGA